UAAACAAAAAAAAACAAAAUGAUAAAAUAGAAAAAAAAAACUGUGCGUGUAUUUUUCUGCUGCCUGUGAAUUCUUCCCUAUUUAUUCACCCAUCGACGGUCAAAAUACACUAGGCGUAUCACUGCAUAAAAAUGGUGCAUUUCUGCAAAUUGUGCCAGCUGCUGCAUAAAAACAUGGACUUUAUCCAGUGCGAUGAUUCUAACGUUUGGUUGCUUGAAACGGUAUUUUCGGUUAAGAUUACUCCCCUGGAUGGACGUGUUGAGCCUAUCUGCCGGAAGUGCAUACGCAAAUACAACAAGGUGAUGAAGGAUCUUAAAAAGUCCAACGGUGGUUUCCCUGUUUCCCGUCAAACUUUUAUCGAACACAACAAAAUUCACAACGGAGAUGCGGAGUCGCUCUUUCAGUUCCCGAGUGCAGAACAACCGGCGUCGCUCAACGCGUCAAACAGAACUUUGGAUCAGCCGUACCUGUUGGAUGAUGAAAGUAAAGAGCUGAUGUUUACAGGACCGGUAUCGGAGAAGGCAAAUGGCAGUAAGAAUGGCAUGACUCUGAACAUCAGUGGCGAGGCCGCAACAGUGUAUCGUAUAACAAUGGGCGAUACACAGGAAUCGUCAGAAGAUGACAGUUCGGAUGGGAAGAGCAGUAUAGCCGACGAGGACGAAAGUACUGACGACUCUACCGAAGACGAUGAAGAGGACGAUUGUUGUAGUGACGAUACGGAUGACUCGAGCACUAGCUGUAGCAGUACUAGCAGUACCGGUGCUAGCUCAUCCGAAACUGUGGCUAGCUUGCGGCUAGAAGAGCAUAUAAAGCGAGGAGCGGAGGACUCCUCUGUGGAUUUAUAUAGCACAUAUAUGGACGGUCCUUUGAUGCAAAAUCUUCCCGAAGGAAGCCUCCUGCAAGGAGUUGGAGACGAUUAUGUUCCCGAAGGGGAUCGCAUUUUCCCAGAAAAGGAGCUUAUGAAUGAUGUCUUGGAACCACUUCAGAUGGACGAGCCGACAUCUAAAAUUGAAGACAAAGUUGAAUUGGCAAAGCCAUUACAAUGUGAAGAACAGCAAAGGUCACAGCAGCAAGAGCAGAGCCAGCAAGAAUCAUGUCAACAGGAAAGCGAAGAACAAGAAAAACCCACGCCACGAAACGAUGAUGACCAACAAGGGCAUGAAGAAGAUGAAAAAAAUGAUGGAGUCCCUAAAAAGUCUCGCAAGCGCAAGAAACGGAGCACUGGAUCUGCUGCACAAGCAAAAAAUUACGUUUGUCUCGUAUGCCAAAAGAGAUUUUCAAAAGCGAUAUAUUUAAAAGUACAUACUCGAACCCAUACGGGAGAAAAACCGUACGCGUGUGAUAUUUGCUUCAAGAGCUUCACGCAGGCGUCUAGUUUAAACACGCAUAAGCGACUUCACUUCAACGUAAAGCCGUUUGUGUGCGAAAUUUGUAACCAGCAAUAUACAAGUGCCGGAAACUAUAAAGUACAUCUUCGUACGCACACCCAGGAAAAACCAUACGCUUGUAGCUAUUGCGAUAAACGAUUUAGCCAGCACUCUAGCAAAAAAAUGCACGAACGUGUGCAUAGCCAGGAAAAGCCGUACCCUUGCCAGGUAUGCCUAAAGGCGUUCAGCAAUGUUAGCAAUCUCACUGUUCAUAUGCGGAUCCACCAGGGUUUGAAGCCGUACAAGUGUGAUAAAUGCGACAAAAGCUUCGCUCAGUCUCAAACACUCAAAACGCAUUACAUAUCUGCGCAUACCGACGUACGACCUUUCCAAUGUGAUCGAUGCCCUAAAUCGUAUGCAACAUUGUCGAAUUUAAACAACCACAAACAUACACACCUUGAAGAAAAACCGUUCGCCUGCGAAGAAUGUGGGAAGCGAUUUACUCAAAAAUCUUCACUUAAAACCCAUGCACUUUCGCACAACACCGAACGUCCCUACCCUUGUGAAGAAUGUACCAAAUCAUUCAACACGCAGGCCAUGUUGAAUACACACCGUCGAAAUAUGCACAGUACAGAAAGACCGUUUGCUUGUACAAAGUGCAAUAAAUCAUACGCACAGGAAACGAGACUUCGGCAACACAUGUUGAGUCAUGCAGAGGUUAAACCUUAUCCGUGUGUAGAAUGUGGAAAGACGUUUACGACUGCUACCAACCUACGUAUACAUCAGCGAGUCCAUUCUGGCGAAAAACCAUACCCGUGCCCAACUUGCGGUAAAUGCUUUUCGCAAAGAUCCUCUCUUCGAACGCAUGAAAUUCUUCAUUUGCCACCGGAAUUACGACCAGAACCGUCGGUUCAAUCCGAUAUACCGCGGGGAAGAAGAAAACAAAAAAUUAAAAUCGAAUGUGGCGAAUGUGGAAAAGUAUUUACACUACGAGGACGCUACCGCAAUCACAUGAAACAGGUACACCAAAGAGAUGUGCAAGACGUGGAUGACGAAAAGUGCAUGAGCCUGGAAGCUUCCGAAGAGAGUGACAACGACGCACCCAUCGAUACGGAAGUAGGUACGAAAGUAGUACAAGAGAAGCAAAACCAGUUAAGAUCAGCUUCUGGGAAUAAUCGAUCUGGUAAAGAUCUUAGCCAACAUCUGUCAGCUGCAGAAGAGGACGAGGACGAUGAAACACAUGAAGAAGAUGAUGAAGAUUAUGAAGACGAAUACGAGGAUGACGGUAACGACGACGACGAAGAAGAUCGUGAACAUGAGACAGGAGCAACGCAUUUAAACAAUUCCGCAGUUCCUUUGCUGGAACAGUACCAUUAUGGACAAAUAAUUUCCGAGCAAAACUAAUCUGGCCUCUCAUUGUAUAUUCAUUUGUUUUGCAUUAUGAGCUAAGUGAUCAAAUUGGCCUAAAGUAAUGCUUACCUAACAGAAUAGUCAGUUUUGGCGACCCGGAAAGGACACAAUUCAGUUUACACGAAACAGUACGUCUAUCAUUAAAUCACUUGGCCAUGCCUCUCUAACGAUCAUAAGUAUUAAUUUAUCUAGGCAAGAACUUAAUCGCUUUAUCACUUAUCUCUAGCUGGUGUUAUAUGUUGGUCGAACUCGAAUUCUGAUCUCUUUAGUAUUCAAAAGUCGCUUAUAUCACUAUUGUAGUCACAAGAUCAAAUACUCCUAAAGUAUAUCCUUAGCUUAACUUGCUACGCCCGCUUGGUGGCCUUCGGCUAGUGUAAUAAUAAGGUCUACCGUAUUAGGUAUACAUGUGCAAUUUCAAUUUUAUAACUUACCAAUAUCGAAAAGAACCGGAUCGUUACUUUCGAAGCCGCACAACCCGGGACCCCGUUUGCGUUCGUAUUUAUUAUAAAUAAUUUUAUUUUGUAUCAGAUGGUAUAUACCAAAACGAAA